CGCCCUGGUUCCCAUCAAAUCGUCUUGGACCGAAGGAUUAAAAUUUUCCAAAGCAAAUUUUGAUUUCUUAGAGAGAGAUAGGAGACGGAGGGAAGAUCGGUAAGGAGGAGAGAGGAAGAUGAUCACCGGCGGGAGCUACACGACUAUCGACGCCCAGAAAGUCUCUGGAUUUGUACCUUCUGUUCCAGAUCCAGGCCACACCACCGUCAAAUUCGCAGACUCAAAUCUUCAAACCUUUCCUCCGUCUGCUACUCAGGGCAAGAUCUCUGGUGGUAGUAAUCCUCCUCGAGAUGCUGACGAUACAUUUUCUGGGAAUGGUAAUAGUAGUACAGAUGAGCCUCAGUCUGGUGGCUGGCUCCAUAAAUUCACUGUCGGUGCUUACAAGCCUUUCUUUGAUGUCGACACUUCUGAUGUUGUGGAGAGGCUCAAAGAAUCUCUCUUCCCGUUCCGUGGAACUUUUACGGAGAAGACUGCCGAUAAGCCUGACUUGUAUGGUCCAUUUUGGAUAUGCACGACUUUGAUAUUCGUGGCGGCAUCGAUCGGCACGUUUGUCACAUACGUGGCACACAAAUGGAAGAAACAAGAAUGGAACUACGAUAUCAAUCUUGUGACUUGGUCCGCAGGAGUGUUCUACGGUUAUGUCACGCUUGUUCCUCUCGCGUUAUAUGUCGUUCUCAAGUACUUCUCUGCACCUUCGGGACUAGUCCAGCUCUUCUGUCUCUACGGCUAUUCUCUAUUCGUGUUUAUCCCCGCAUUGUGCCUCUCGGUCGUGCCAGUGGAGAUCUUCAGAUGGGUUAUUGCGGGUGUAGCAGGGUUCAUGUCUGCAACCUUUGUGGCUCUCAACCUCAAAGCGCAUAUCAAUUCUGCUGGGGAGAGAUCGAUCCUGAUAAUCGCAAGCAUCUUUCUUUUGCAGCUCGGGCUUGCGGUUGUGCUGAAGCUUUAUCUAUUCACUGUCACCGUAUGAUCCAUUUAGACCUUUGUUCUUCCUAUAACCUGAAAAGGUAAUGUGAGUUUCUGAUAAUUUGUAGAUCCAUCCAUAACGUUUUCUCCUCAAAUUUUAUCCAAAUUUUUGUACGGCUUGGAAGCUGAACUCUAUGAUUCCAUUUCAUUUAGUUACUUGAACCUUCCAUGGUAUACUUGUAGAAAAUAUUGUAAUAAAAAUAUAUCGAUUUGUUUGC